CUCAUCAAUCAACUGAAACUUCUUCAAACCCUAAUUACAUCUGCACAUUUCUAGAGAGAGAAAGAGAAUAUGGGGAAAAUACCGGUGAAGAUGAAGUCGGUGACAUACGCCCUGUCGCCAUUUCAGCAGAAGGUGAUGCCCGGGCUCUGGAAGGAUUUGUCCGGUAAGAUCUCCCACAAGAUCUCCGAGAAUUGGAUCAGCACCACGCUCCUGCUCGGCCCGCUCGUCGGCACCUAUUCGUAUGUGCAGUGGUACCUGGAAAAGGAGAAGAUGGAGCACAGAUACUGAAGGUAGUUAUACCAAUACUCGAUUUGUCUGUGGAAAGCUCUCAAGCAUUUAGACAAUAAGCUGACAUGCACUGCCUGCUGGUUGCUGGUUUUGGAUCCCCAAUUUAUCUUGGGUUUCCAGUCUGUUUUUUUAUUCAUGUUAUGUAAAACCUGGAUUCAUGUAUUCUAGUACAAAAUUGUCUGCCUUGAAUGUUGGCAAAUUUUAUGCUUGAUCUUCGCUGUAAUUUACAAAAUUUUCCAUUGAUUUUGAUUUAAUGAUAUUUCUGAUAUAGCAUA